AUGGUCACAGCCACCGCCGACGCUACGUUGCGCAGCGAUGGUUUGCGGAGGCCGAAGCAGCGUACAACACCGCAGCACUGGGCCUUCCACGGAGCAUACGCUCCAGUGGAUGAGGAAAUCUUUCAGGUCGCCAAGAUUCGUGAGGGUUGCCUGCCAUCAGACCUCUCGGGAACUUUCAUCCGAAAUGGACCGAACCCCUUGUGGAAUCUCCCUGCGGAGACAUCGAACUGGCAUUGGUUUUUUGGCGCCGGAAUGGUCCAUGCGCUGCGCAUCAAAGAUGGGCAAGCUGUGUACCAGAACCAUUACCUGCGGACGAAGCAGUUUCUGGCAGACCAAGCGCAUGGUGGGCCGGUUUACGACAAAAUGGCGCACUCGACUUCCAUGGUGUCCUUCUUUGGCCGUUUUUUGCUGGAGAAGAUAGGCUUAGUGCGCAACUACGAGAGUGGACCCAGCAACACCAGCCUUGUGUACCAUAGCUCCAAGCUCCUGGCCUUGGCUGAGUCCGACCCUCCCCUCGAGGUCCGGAUCAUGGUGGACGGUCAGCUCGAGUCCAACGGCCAGUAUCCGUACAAGAAGUUCUGGAAUGCGCACCCAAAGAUUGACCCAUCCACGGGGAAUCUGCACUGGAUGAAUUACGACGUGACCGGAAUGACACCAAGGUUCAAGUAUGGCGUCAUCGGCCCUCAAGGGCAGACUCUGAGAAGCUGCUUCGGUGAGGUUCCAGGUGGACAGGCCGUGAUGAUCCACGACUGCGGCAUCACGGAAAGCUAUGCGGUCGUCAUCGCCUGUCCAGUGUUGGUGGGCGUCCAGCACUUCUCGACAGAAGCGGGCUUGUGGAAGUUCGACAAGAGCCAUGGCGCUUGGAUAGGAAUGUUCCCCCGGGAUGGUGCUGGUGGCCGGGUUGAGCCUGUGUGGUUCCCCAUUGAGCCUUGCUGGAUCUUCCAUCUUGCCAAUGCCUGGGAAGAUCAGAACUGCGUGGUUCUGGUCGUCGUGCGCUGGGAUGAGAUUGACAUGUCUGGAAACGUCAAAGCAAACCAGCGGUCCAACGUUCUAGGGGAGAAUCGAAAGAUGCUUUAUGAGUAUCGCUUCGACCUGAUCACCAAGACUGUCGAAGAGCGAUGUUUGGCAUCCGACUUUCCCACCUUGGAGUUUCCCAUUGUAAACCAGGCCACGGUCGGGCGGAAGAGCCGAUACGUUUGGGCUGCGGGCAACCAGAAGGAUGAGCCGCUAUUCCACCGCGUCGUGAAGUUCGACCUGACGGACUGCAGCUCCGUCAGCUGCGGCUGCUGCAAUGGCCCCAUGCAGCUUUCCGCCGGCGAGCCCCUGUUCAUCUCGAACGGUGCUGCAGAGGACGCUGGGUACCUGGCCACAUAUGGUGCGGAUCCCGAUGGGAAGGCUCCAAGUUUCUUCCUACUCCUCAGUGCCUCCAACUUGGACGUGCUUUGCCUUGUGGAUCUCCCCGGCCGCGUGCCUUUGGGCUUCCACUCUCUCUGGGUUUCUGAAGAGGAGAUGGCCUCUCAAGCUGAUUUGCCAAGGGCGAGACUUUGA